AUGGUAUCUACGACAUUCAUUGUGUUUAUUGCACUCAUCGGGUUAACCAGUGUGUAUUCAAAUAUCAACGAUUUUGAUUGUUUUGAACGAGCUGAUCCUGGUCCAGGUCGUGCUUUCUUUGAAUUAUACACUUGGAAUGCUCGUAACAGGACCUGUACGAAAUUUGUUUAUGGCGGUUUAUUGGGAAAUCACAAUCGAUUUCAAACAAAAGAAGAAUGUUACAAAGCAUGCCAUGACGCUGUCUUACAUAAACAAUUAAAAUUUCAUCCAACUCGUCGUUACAGUGCAGUGAAUCGUUUACAUGAAAUGUUUCAAAUAGCUCUGAAUAUCGAAGAAGUUGAUCAUUAUUAUUUCAAAUUAAUCAGUCAACCAAGUGGAAAAGUCUUGAGUGUGAUAACUAGCGACAAAUCGUUAACUAUUGGAACACAAGACUUCCGCAACGAUAAUUCACAACUUUGGGAUAUCAUUCCAACAGGUGAAAAAGAUUAUUUCCGAAUCAAAACAGUAAGCAGACCAAUGGGUCAGAUGGAUUAUAUGUUUUUACAAGUAACUGACCAGGAUAUCACACAUUUAACGUUAGCCAGACGUGAUUAUGACGAUCUCAGUCAACAAUGGCGAUUCGUUUGA